UUGAAGUUAGCCGUCAAUGACAAAACCAAUCGAAAGUUUAUUGGUAGCCAUGAAUUUCAUUCGAAAACACAAACAAAGCAUCAUUAGUUUAUUUUCCGUUUUUUCCCGCUCAGUAAAAACGUGAUUGCGUUGCUCUUAAAAUUAUUUCACAUAUAUUAUUAUUAUAUUUAUUCCUAAAGAAUCCAAGUUCUUGGACACUUUCUACCUGUAACUCUUCUUACUUGAUUUGGUAAACGUAACUAAAUAAAUAGUCGAAUAAAAUAAACCUAAAACACUAUGACAUCGUUUAGUUUUGGUGAGCUCCAACAUCAAUUGGAAGCUAGCACCACAAAUAAUCAAACCGGGGUCUCAUUUAGUGGUAAAUCACUAAAAUUAAACUCUGAGCAAGAUGCCGAAGAGGUGUGCGAGGAGAUUAAGAAAUGCUCGAGAUUGGAUUACCUAGACCUGGAAGGUAACACACUGGGCCCGGAUGCUGCUAAAGCGAUAUCUGAAACCCUGGCGAGUCAUGGUGGUGCUCUAAAACGAGCAUUGUGGAAGGAUAUGUUUACCGGCAGAAUGAAAACAGAGAUUCCAAAGGCUUUGGAGUACUUGGGAAAUGGACUGAAUACUGCCGGAGCACAUUUGGUUGAACUGGAUCUCAGUGACAAUGCAUUUGGACCCAUUGGUGUCCAGGGACUUGCUGCAUUAUUGAGUUCAAGCACGUGCUACACGCUCCAGGAGUUGAGGUUGAAUAAUAACGGACUGGGAAUAUCUGGGGGAAAGAUGUUGGCUAAAGCGUUGCUGGAUUGUCAUGCCAACAGUUCAAGAGAAGCUAAACCAUUGGCACUGAGAGUGUUUAUUGCUGGCCGUAAUCGUCUGGAGAACGAGGGUGCGACCGCUUUGGCUGGUGUCUUUGCUAAACUUGGAACACUUGAAGAAGUUGUUAUGCCGCAGAAUGGAAUUUAUCAUCCGGGUGUAUCAGCACUGGCUACUGGACUUUCAGCUAAUCCAGGAUUAAAAAUUUUGAAUUUGAAUGACAAUACAGUUGGUCCUAAAGGCGCUCAAGCUCUUGCUGAUGUUCUGUCAAACUUUCCUGCUCUAGAGACGCUCAAUCUUGGAGAUUGUCUGCUUAAAUCCAAAGGAGCGAUGGUUAUUGCCAAUGCUUUGGGAGCUAGGGACAGUCAUACGUCUUUGGUGGAGCUUAAUUUAGCGUUCAAUGAAAUAAAAACACGAGCUGUUGACACAUUGGCCCGCGCUACUAUUGAUAAAACUCAACUGACAAGUCUACAAUUGGAUGGUAACGCUUUUGGAGAAGCCGGUAGAAAUUCUUUACGUGAAUCGCUAAAAAAUUACGACAGAAUCGAUUCCUUGGAGCCGCUUGAGGAAGAUGCAACGGACGAUGAAGAGAGUGGAGACGAUGAAAGUCAGUCUGAAGGCGAAGAUGAAGAUACGGAAAAAGAGGGCAGUGAAAACGAUGACAAAGGGGUUGAGAAUGGUCACGCAAAAGUUAACACAGUAAAUAACAUCCAAAUGUCAACUCUACCUAAAGCAAAAAAACCAGUUGAUGUCAAAGAGUUUUUAAAAGAACCUACUGGAGAAAAUUUCCUUUUGCUGGAAGGCGAUAAAGCAGCUAAACUUUUGGAUCAUGUGAAGAGUAUUGUCAAAGAAAAUAAUGCUCAAGACCAUCUGCAGUACAUUGACGAGUUACUGCCCGUAAUAAUGAAAGUCUCAGCUCUCUGUGGAAGCGGAUACGGAGAUAUUAGAGUUGAAGCUGAACAAUUGACAGACAAACUGUAUUCCCAUCUCUUUGAUUAUGCGACAACCAAUCAACAGAUGUCUUAUGUCAACAAUAAUCUUUUCGUUGUCCUAGGGCUCAUCAAGGGUGAGAAUAAAAAUACAAAUAAAGCAGAUUGGAAUUUAGAAGGCUGUUUCAAAGCACUUGAGAAAGUAAGUCAGCAAGACUAUUUUCCCCCGUUGACAAGAGCAACAUUGAAGCUCUUGAUUGAAAGAUCAUUUCCAACUAAAAGCAAAACCUAUGAUCCUUGCUAUGACGUAAAGAUGUCAUUAAAAACAAUUUUGGAUAGAUUACAGAAUACAUAAACAAAUGAGAGUUUGAUUGAGCGAAUCAAUACUAAAAAGAAAAAAUUACUUAUUAAUACUGAGUGCAGUGUUAUCACAGAGAUCUAUAUUUAUUAUCAGUAAACUUGUAAAAUUGUGUGAGAUCAUUUGUUUUAAAUACGUGUUAGAAAAUUUAUAUAUUGAUAAUUAUUUUUCAUAAAUUUUGCUACAUUUUCGUAAAUAACUUUUUUUUUCUUUUCAAAUUGUGAAAUGUUUAAAUAUAAAUACUCGUAAUUUUUUCUUUAUAUUUUAUAUGCAUAAAAAAAAUUUAUUGUAACAAAUAUUAUUGAAAGAAAUAUGUUUUUUAAAUAUAAAUAUUAAAUUCGGUUGCCAUAAUAAUGAUAAUUAAUGUAAUUAAAGAUUAAAAUUUAUUUUUUAUCUACUGACUCUCGUGGAAAUAAAUAUUUAUAAUUUAUAAUGCACACCA